UAGCGUCUAGUAUGAAGAGUUCAGAAACUUCCCUUUUGCGGAGUCUGCAGCAGGUCAAGGGUUGCUCUGGAGGACCGCCCAUUCCAGACCCAAUCCUCCCGGUGCAGGCUGACUCCAGGUCUCUGGGAUUUUCUGGGGGUAGCCUUCCAGCCUCCCUGCAAGGCCAGUUGCUGUAAACUGAACUCAGGCCAGCUCCUGGAGACUUCACAGAAGGCCAAGGCGUUCCAGGACACACAGAGGCUGUGGCCAACUGCCCAUGGGGGCCGGCAUUGCUCCCUACUCUCAGUUGCCCUUCAGGUUCUGCGCCCUGGGGGCCUGACAGCGGCAGAAUCCAGCGGGCACCUGGUGAGGUGGCCCAGGAGCGGGUGCCCCUCCCGCAGCCUCCUCCAGGAUGUUGAUCUCCGCCUCAGCUUGGACUCUUUUUCUUUCACUUUUCUUUUAGCUGGUGUUGGGACUCCCGAGCUGGAAAGCACACAGGGAAACCGGGGAAACCCCAGCUGAUUCGCCCCUCUUACCUCGAUUGCUCACACUGGCUGCCACUUCGCACCCUGCAGCCAGAACUCGAUGGAGGAGGUGUUCUGGAUGGAUAGCUGCUGGAAGCCAAUCGCCAUAGCCAGCUCUUCAACACUUAAGCAUUUACCUGGGCAUUAAGUAAUGAAAAUUUUGAAACCAUAUAUGAGGAAUACAUCCAUCUCGUGCUACUUGUGUUUCCUUCUGAACAGUCAUUUUUUAACUGAGGCUGGCAUUCAUGUCUUCAUUUUGGGCUGUGUCAGCGUGGGCCUCCCUGAAACAGAAGCCAACUGGAAAGAUGUGAUAAGUGAUCUAAAAUACAUUGAGUCUCUUAUCCAAUCUAUUCAUAUUGAUGCUACUUUAUACACUGACAGUGACUUUCAUCCCAGUUGCAAAGUUACUGCGAUGAAUUGCUUUCUGCUGGAAUUACGGGUCAUUUUGCACGAGUACAGUAACGAGCGUCUUAAUGAAACAGUAAGAAACGUGAUCUUCCUAGCAAACAGCAGUCUGUCUUCUAACAAGAAUAUAACAGAACAUGGCUGCAAGGAGUGUGAGGAACUGGAGGAGAAAGACAUCUCGGAAUUUUUGCAGAGCUUUAUACGUAUCGUACAAAUGUUCAUCAACACGUCUUGACUGCAGUGGGUCCUCGUCAGGGUUUCGGUUAUGACCGCACCUCUGCCUGCUGUGCAGGGGCCAGUGCAGGUCUGUGUGUUGGAGAUCUGCUGGGAAAACAACGCUGUCUAAGCAGAAGCCGAGGAGCCACUUGGAUCAGAUGAACUCUCCGAGAUGACGGGAUAAAAGGAGCUCUUCUCAGACUGGUUUUUAAUUUAUUACUGCACUUGUACAUAUUUGUAAUAUAACAGAAGAUGUGGAAUAAAGUUGUUCAUAUGUUUUAUCAA